UGGAACGAUAGAAGUAUUUCCGAAAAUGUCAUUCCCGGCAACUCCGGAACAUGGAAAAACCGUUGCCGAAGCAGACAACGAAGUGAUUGGCGAGGAUAAGAAGCGCAAGCAGAGAAAGAAAAGAAUAUUGACGGGAGUAAGUCGGCAACGCCGUGCAGCAAAUGACAGAGAACGUCGCAGAAACGUGAGGCUGAAUCAAGCUUUUGUCACGUUGAAAAAGACUCUUCCUUUAGCGAACAUUGACAUAUCUAAGAUUGAGAUCCUGCGUUUAGCUGUGAAAUGGAUUGACCAUCUCGCAACAUUGCUGAAAGACCAUGAGCAGCGGAAAGAUUUAAUACCAUCGGAUGAAAUGGUAAUUUAUGAUCAGAUAGUGGAAAAAUCCAAGCCAGUAAGACAUGAUUGUCUUUACCAUCAAGAUCCUGACUUGAAAAAUACACUUUGGGAGGACUGCAUCGGUUUGCCAAAACGCACGGUCGAUGAUAAUGAUGGGUGUAUACACAUCAGAACGAACUCCCGUUUCCAUGAACUGUUCUCAUAACAACCAGUGUUUGUAAAUAAAACCAUCCUAUGUAUUUAUAGAAGUGCAAUUUUCGAACCGAUUUUAGUUGAUAGAAACGAGACACGUUGGAAUUUGGAAUAUGUACGUUUUGUAUUGUAUUUCAGGCCUGAUCUGCUGCUUAUAAUAUUACACAUCUAAGCAGUCUAUGGAAUAACAAAGUAGAUUAGUGGAAUAUUGUACUUGUAUACUCUAUCGUAAGCAUUGCAAAUAUAUAUAUAUAUAUAUACACGAGGUGUUCAUAUGCAGCAAAACACGCUUAUAUAUAUUC